CAGCUGAAAUCACUUUCAUAAAAAGAUUCUGAACACUCGGCACAGGCUUUUAGCAAUCAUGGAUGUUAAACAAAUCAGAUCCGUGUUAUUAUGCGUUACUUGCAUAUUCUUCAUGCCAGGAAACGCAGUUGAAUCUAGUACUGACGUUUUAUAUGAAUUACUUUUUAAAAGAAUGGAUGAUGUUAUGUUUGAACAUAAACUACUUAGGCGCGAGUUUGACGAGGCAGUGCGUAAUAUGGGAAAUCAGGCUGACAGGAUAACGAAUGUAGAAGAUGCCACCAACAAGAUUGAAAAGCAGGCUGACAAAAUGGCCAAUUUCGACGAAGCUAUCGCCAAGAUUAAAGAACAAGCUAUCAAAAUAUCCAAUUUAGAAGAAAUCACUAACAAGAUGGAAAAGAAGGCUGACAAAAUGCCCAGUUUCGAAGAAGCCAUUAACAGGUUUGAAGAGCAAGCUAUCAAAAUAACCAAUUUAGAAGCUGCCUCCAGAAAGAUGGAAAAGCAGGCUGACAAAAUGGCCAGUUUCGAAGAAGCCAUCAACAAGACUGAAGAACAUGCUAUAAAAAUAUUCAAUUUUGAAGAAGCCGCCAACAAGAUUGAAAAGCAGGCUGCUGACAAAAUGGCCAGUUUCGAAGAAGCCAUCAAAAAGAUUCAAGAACAAGAUCUUAAAAUAUCCAAUUUAGAAAAAACCACUGACAAGAUGGAAAAGAAGGCUGACAAGAUAGCCAAUCUAGAGGAAGUCCUCAACAAGACAGAGGAACAAGGUCACAAAAUAGCCAAUUUAGAAGAUAAAAUUGUGCAUUUAGAAGAAGUCACAAACAAGAUGGAAAAGCAGGUUGACAGAAUUACGAAAUUAGAGGACUGCGUUAAGAAGAUCGAAAACAAGAAUAAGGAAGUAACGAAUAUUGAAAAUGCGGUGCAACAUCUUAACAACAAAAUAGAAGAACUAGAAAAUAAUACUUUCAACAAUAAAAAAGCUAUCUCUGAUAUGACACAACUUGCAAUGGAAAACGACCUGAAAGCUGUUAAUGUAUCGGAAUCAUCUAUAAAUGCAAUUAAAGACGACGUUACAAAGCAGUCUGCUGUCGUUCGCAAAAUGGUAUCCGCAGAGAAAAUAUUUUUACGUAAAAUAAAAAUGUCGCUUCACGAGAAAUUCUUAAGUUUCACAAACAAGGUAAAAUUACAAAUGUCAACAUUGAAUACUUCGGUGGAAUCACAAGUUUCCUCAUUCAAAACAAUUUUAAAAGAAACUGAAAAAAAUGUAAGUGUUGCCCUGAAUAAUUAUUCCAGUUAUACGAAUGAUACUUUUUUUAACUUUAGUCAAAACAUCUCAAAAUUUGCCAAUGAAUAUGAGCUAAAACUUGAAACGCUUCAAGAUGAAAUGGACAAAGAAUCCGACCAUCACAGGAAAACUUUAAACAAAGCCAGCGGAGAAAUCCAGCAGCUGAAAACAAGACAAGAAACGCUUCAAGAGAAAGUUAAUAAAGAAUCGGACUAUCACACGAAAACUUUGAAAACAACUAAUGGUGAAAUUCAGCAACUAGAAACAAGAAUGGUGAACGUUGAAAGAAGACAAGGAACGCUUCAAGAUGAAAUAGACAAAAAUUCAGAUCACACGAAAGCUUUGAAAACAACUAAUGAUGAAAUUCAGCGACUAGAAACAAAAAUGGUGAACGUUGAAAGAAGACAAGGAAAAAGAGCGGCUUUCACAGUACUGGGUGCGUCUAGACAAAGUAAUGGAAUAUUAAAAUUCUCGGAUGUGAAACUGAACGAAGGAUCCGUCUAUGAUUCAACAACAGGAAAGUUCACGAGUCCGUAUGCAGGAAUAUAUGGUUUUACAGCGAGUAUCAUUGAAUAUGGUAGUGGUGAUAAUUACAUAUAUUGUGAAAUUAGGAAGAAUGGUUACGGUUACGUCGUUGUGCGUUCUUGGCGGGGUAAAAUAGACGGUAGGCGUGCAACACACGGCCGGGGAACAGGAACAGCAGCAGCUACACUACAUCUAGUGAAAGGUGACAGUGUACAUGUCUGGUGUUCCAGUAGCACUGGAACUGCCCUUUACUUGUCGUCAUUCAGUGGCUUUCUUAUCAAUCCAGAUCCAUAAACUUAUCAUAUUAUCAUAUAAAUUUAUACAUAGAAACACAAUAACUGCAUGUAGAGGGAUUAUAAUUAGUGUUAUUAUUAUAUGGGGUUCACAUUUAAUAAUUUCAGUAAAGUUUCAUCUUACAACUUGAAUAAGAAAGUACGUUGCUAUUGUAGCGUAAUGGCCUCUAAGAGCCACAUGGCACCAGUGCUACCAGACUUGUAAAACCUGUGGUAGAACUUUCACACACACAUAUAUAAGAUUGAAGACGCAAUAGUUCGUUUCUGAUGUUUAUUUAAUUUCAGGUAUUUAAAGAUGGUCUUUUAGUACAAGUAGUUUUAUUGUCUCAUUGUCCAUCUUUCAAAUAAUAUUUAGCUACUAUAAAAUGUUAAGAACUAAUUAUGUAUAUUCUGAAGUUGUCUUUCAUGAAAUCUACAUAACAUAUUUAGAAAUUAACCUAACGAGGCAUAAUAGUUUGGCAGAACCACGGUUGGUGGCUCUGCCGCCUCGCCUCCCCGAAUGUCUAGUACAUAGGCCUUUUAUAUGCACCGGCCAGACUGUUGAUUACCAAAUUAAGAUGCAGUUUUCCUGGUGUUAUGUCUUAACCUGCCCAGAGCUACGCUAACUUGUCAGUUUUAUAUAAGGUCAAGAGUUUCCGGUGAAAGCCUUUAACUAAUUUUGAAUGAAUAUAUACUAUCCAUGACAUUGAAUAAUUUAGUCUUUAAAACAAUAGCCAAGCCCCUUUUUUGAAAUUACAUUAUACUAUUUGAUUCAUUAUUCAUGGUAAUUCAAAUUAUAUAUUAUAUUUCAUUGAAAUUAUAAGCUCCUUGCUGAAAAUGCAGUCCAACAUUUUGUAUUCUAAACUCUUUAUUUAAAAUCAUUUUCAUGGAAGUGUUUUAAACAGAUCAUAGAGUUCAAAAUUAUGCAGAAUUAAACACGGGUAGAAAAAUGGACUUGAAAUAGACUGUAAAGACGCAAUGAAAUGAUUUUUUUUAAAUAACUACAAAUUUGUUAGAAGAAAAAAUAAUACGAAUCGUUCGAAACCUGUUGCGUAAAUGAGACUGGAUUUGUUCAACUGGAAUUAAUUUCUGGUUUCAGGUAAUCUAAAACAUUUCAAUCUAAAAUUGGCAGACCUUCUACGUUGAAAGUAUAAAUUAUGUGAAUGAGUUUAAAAAAACAAUCUUUCGAUGAAAAUAAAGUCUUCCUUUGUUUGCUUAUCAUCCGAAAGAUAAUAGGUAAGGGAUUUCUCGGAAGCACAGAGCACCAAAAACACAGCCCCAGAGCCACGCACCCACACAGCAGGCCCACAACAAAAAGAAGCUGUCGCGUUUCGACUGACAUUGUAAAUCUGUGUUGGGAAGACACGUAAGGUUUAACGGGAUUUUACCGGAAACUUGUAAUUGCAUACUCCAGCUGAGAAUAUUAUUCAGUUCUGUUUUACUCUGUAGUUUGAAUUCAUAUUGACCCGCGUUACUGGAAAAUUUAUGUAAAUAUUGAGAUAUAACGAGAAUUGGCAGCUGACAAACUUUUUGACGUCAGUACAUGUUCGUUUGAAAUACAUUUAUGCAGACGACAAACAACAAAGCGUAUCGAUGACGCAUUUCGUAUUUUGACAGUUACUUUCAGAAUAAGAUCAUGAACCUUACAAAAUGUAUUAAUAUUGCUACAAAAUAUGUUUUGAUAAUAGGCAAGAUAGGACCAGUGAAGCAAGAGUGAUCACCCUUGAACUAGUCAGAACAUUUGAAUUGUUUUAAAAAAACUUAAAAACAUUAUAUUUUUGCUUAGCUUGUUCUUGUUGUUGUUGAUUUUUGUUUGUUGUUUUUUCUUAUUCCAUUCAAAACAUCAAAUCUGCUAUUUGAUUUCGUCAAUCGGACAUUAAUGGACCGAUUUCUAAUGUUGGUAAAACUUGUAGUCCAACCAUUUUGUAUUAUCAUUUACCGAUUGAUGAACAGUAAUAGUGUGCUGUUUCGCCGUUGUAUAGAUAUAUCUGUAUACUCAUGAAUGAACAUUUACUGUUACGAUUUGUGUGAUAUUAACAUUAAAUAUUAUUGAACUAAAACAAUCAGAUUUUAGGAAACAUAUCUUUAGAAGUCUUUAUCCAUAUUAAAAAACAAAAUCAAGGUUAGUAAUCGGCCAAACUUUCGUACUUUAACCAGUGCUAAUACCUUAAAAUAGUCCUUUUUUCUAACGGAUCAAUAAUUGAUUAAAGCAGAGAAACCCCGGAUUUUUUAAUAUACCAUUAUCGUUUUUGUAUAAGAAUGCCAUCACACGUAAAUGCUAUUCUUACUCUACCAUCUGUAUUCCUACAAAAUCUACCAUCUGUAUUCCUACCCUACCAUCUGUAUUCCUACUCUACCAUCUCUAUUUCUAUUCUACCAUCUGUAUUCCUACUCUACCAUCUGUAUUCCAUCCCUGCCAUCUGUAUUCCUACUCUACCAUCUGUAUUUCUACACUACCAUUUGUAUUGAAUUUAAAAUGAAAACAGCAGUAUUUGAUAUUGUUUUGUAUAUAAUUAUUAACAAACUGGAGAUGGGUUUUAUACUCAAUCAGACACUUUGGAGCAUUGUAAGAGUCUUCUAUCUCAAUAAUGUGUGUACAAAGCCAUUCACAUCAAGUAAAACUUUUAUUUUUCUGAUGAUAUAUAUGAUUAUACAAAAAAAUGUAUUGGAUUUGUUGUUUACUUUUAGUUGUAUAUGAGCAAAUACACUGUGUUUUGUAAA